CUCGCUCAUCGCGGGGUGAGGCAAAGGUCAACGUGCACGUGAUCGCAUGUAGGAUUGAUUGAUGGCGCAAAUACGGCACAGCAACACGUGUCGUUAUCGUGAUGGCGGGCCGGCUGAGAAAGUAGAAGCAUCGCCGGACGGGACCUCUUGACCUCGCCUUCUUGCAUCUGCUCAUGUUGGAGUUCGAAGACGUUGCAACGCGCUGACCGCGCUGUUUCCUCGGAUUAAUUUCUUUCGAGCUUGGGCUUGACGACAUGGAACGUGAAUCGGCGCACAAUCAGAACGCAUCCUAUGCUCAGAGUGGCAUGCCCCGACCUCGCAGCCAGCUCGCUCUGACUCCGAUCACGCACAUGGCCUGUUAGAACCCCCCGCCCGGUCGUCUGACACGAUCAGGAGACCCGCUGACGAUCCCUGUCCCGUCCUUAUUAUGCCAGCCAUCCAUGCGUCGUCACUAUUCCGCCCAUGUUUGACGCUCUCCUCCUCAGCCUUGCGGCUGUACCCGCGGCGCUUGGCGCAGUGACGACAGUCAGCGUCAGCGCUACUGCUAGCCACCCCAUCCCGACGACUUUAUAUGGAUUGAUGUUUGAGGAUAUCAGUCAUGUGAGCUCUGAGCAAACGAUGGCAUCUGCGAGGCUGACACGAAGACUAGAGUGGGGAUGGCGGCUUUGGGCAGUGCUUCAAAAUCGUGCCUUCCAACAGGUCACACCCAACACAACGGCUGCCCUGAAUGCAUGGGUGCCCGUGGGCGCAUCUGCGACCAUCUCCGUCAUCGCAGACCCAACCCCACUCUCUAGUGCCUUGCCCAACUCGCUGGUGCUUACCACCCCACCCAACGCUGGGGCACAAGGGUUCUCCAACACCGGAUUCUGGGGAAUGAAAUUCGAGAAGGGACUCAAAUACACAGCUUCUCUGUACUACCGAAUCCCGACAUCGUCAGCACGCCCAGCUGCCUCGACGCUGACGCUGGCUUUGAGAGCGGCAGACGGCAGCGUGCUUGCCAGUGCCAAUGUAAAGAUGACGGCGACCACCUGGACUCAGGUGUCAGUGGUCCUGUCUCCCACCAAGACGCCUCCGUCCACAGCCAACACAUUCACUGUCACAACUGAUGGUGGACCGGCCGGAAUCGAGGUCCAUUUCGCUAUGCUUUCACUGUUCCCCCCGACGUUCAAGAACCGGCCGAAUGGGAUGCGGGCUGACAUCGCUCAGACGCUCGCUGACAUCAAGCCCGCCUUCUUCCGCUUCCCAGGUGGCAACAAUCUCGAGGGCCAGACUCCCGCCACGCGCUGGCAAUGGAAUGCCACCGUCGGGCCACUCAUCAACCGGCCCGGACGGAUGGGAGACUGGAGCUAUCCCAACACAGACGGUCUCGGGAUAUAUGAGUUCCUCACGUGGUGCGAGGAUCUCGACAUGGAACCGUUCAUGGCAGUCUGGGACGGCUUCGCGCUCGGCGGCACCUCUGUCACCGGCGCGGCGCUCGACCCCUACAUCGCGCAAGCCAUCGAUCAGAUCAACUUUGUGAUCGGUGAUCCCAAAACGAGCAAGCCUGCGGCUCUGCGUGCUUCGCUCGGACACCCGGCACCGUUCAAGUUGAACUAUGUUGAGAUUGGAAACGAGGACUUCAUUGGAAAUGCCGCUUCCACGGUCCAAGCACGGUGGAGCGCGUUCCACAACAACCUCACGGCUACAUUCCCCCAACUUCACUUCAUGGCUACUUCGCACCAGAACAGUCCCGUUCUGACGCCUACGCCGGAGAUCUACGACAAUCAUGUGUACCAGACCCCCACUUGGUUCGCGACAAAUUCGUUCAUGUACGAUAACUUCCCCAGAAACGGCAUGAGAUUCUUCGAGGGCGAAUACGCCUCUACAUCGACCAACAGCAGCAAUCUGUUCGGUGGUGUGAGCCAAGGCCGUCUGACCUUCCCCACUGUCAGCGCAUCCGUUGGUGAAGCGGCAUUCAUGACCGGCUUUGAACGCAAGUUGCUUCAUUGGCGAUCCUCUUCCAUGCAAUUGACUGCUUUCAGGAAACGCGGAUAUCGUAUUCAGCGCAUCAUACGCUCCCCUUCUCGGACACGUGAACGGGUCCCAAUGGACGCCCAACUUGGUUGGAUUCGAGUAACGACCGCUUUCCGUUCCGUCCAACAUCUCUCGCUGAUUAUCUCUUUCCACAGUGCGGGCAGCGUCUACAAGUCGAGCAGCUACUACGUUCAGCAGCUGUUCAGCUUGAACAAAGGCGACGAGUAUCUUCCCAGCACUCUCCCGGACAGCUCCACAUCGGCGACCUUGCUCUGGAGCGUCACCCGGCGAAACGCAACGAGCGGCACCGAGGUCAUCAUCAAGAUCUCUAACCGCGCGACAACGGCCCAAGCGAUGCAAUUUGUUCUGCCCUUCUCGGGCGUCGCGAGCAAAUCCACGGCGCAAGUCAUCUCUGGGAACGGCGGGGAUAGCAACACACCCGAGCAUCCGAACCUGAUUGCGCCCGUCACAGUGACGGUGGCGACGGGAUCGACGUUCAACUACACGGCUCCCGCUGUCAGCGUGACCGUUCUGGUCGUCGGAGUUACUGGAGCUUGAGUGUUGGAAUAGUCAUCAGUUCGGGUUCUUACUACUUGGCGUUAUCUUAUCGAAUAAGAUCAUGAUCUCAUCUCGAAGCCCGUGAUCCAGUCCAUCGUAUCCCUGGAUCCCCCUUUCCGCAACCGCUUGAUUCUGCCUGGAUGUCUACUUGUUGCUAUCGGCAAAUGACGAAAAUAGACGGUCCGUCGUCAAAUAUCUCGAUGAGGGGCUUUGCGGCUAUAUUCGUCUCUCUCCCACCCUCCUCCUUCUGGACGAGUAACCAACGACUCAAGGCACAACGACGAUAGACCAUGUUUCGCGCGCUUGGGUUGAUAUUGAGCGCCCUUUCUGUGCAAUUCCCUUCGUGGGCGGCUCUUCGUGUGAGCGACGGGCUGGCUCGCGACCAGGUCGAGAUCCAGAAACUCUGGGGUGUAUACUCCCCUUUCCAUGCGGAGGACGACUAUGCACCACUCCCUCCCGGGUGCGAGCUGUCUCAGGUCAACAUCGUGCGUGCGACCCCCUGCUGCGCAUCGUGUCCAUUCGAGCAUCCGAUCUCCCACAGCUCCACCGGCACGGUGCCCGUCUUCCCUCGGAAAGCCAAACUGAGGAGAUCCUCCAUGCGCUCAACAAGCUGCUCGCCGUCCCGCAGUACGCGGACCCACGCCUGGACUUUCUGCACCGCUAUCAAUACACCCAUGGGCAAAACCUGCUCGUUCCGCUCGGUGCCAUGCAGUGCGUAGCAUCUGCAGUCCCCAGGCCCAGGAUUGCCGACCUGGUGCCAUCCCAAUCACCAUCACCGCGAAGCUAACUGUACGUGUGUGUCACACAGAUCGGCCGCCUCUGGUGCCACGGCUUACCGGAGAUACGCACGGCUGCUUGCGGGCGGCGAUACGCCCUUCGUUCGGGCCUCGGGCAUGAGCAGGGUGAUCGAUUCGGCCACAAACUGGACAGCGGGAUUCGGCGUGGCCAGUGGAGGGAUUUCUCUCCCUCGUCUUUCUGUCAUACUCGACGAGCAGGGAAACGACACACUGCAGGACAACAACUGCCCAAAUGGAGACUCUUCUCACCACGAAAUGAACCGAUGGUUCGAUACUUACGCGCCUCCGAUCGCCGGGCGCCUGAAUACUUGGGCGCCGGGUGCAAACAUCACGAACAAGGACGUACACAGCCUUCAGAUGCUCUGCGCGUUCGAGACGGUGGCUAGCGUCCCCGCCGACUUCGAGCUGGGCUCGCCGCUUCCAUUCAGCUCCUUCUGCCAGCUGUUCACGCCGGACGAAUUUGUACUCUUCGCGUAUGCUGCCGACAUCGAUCGGUACUACUCUACCGGAUACGGCUCGUCUCUGGGCCGCGUGCAGGGCGUGGGCUACGUGAACGAGCUCAUCGCUCGGCUCACCUCCUCGCCCGUCGAGGACUACACCUCGACCAAUCGCACGCUGGACUCCGACCCAGUCACGUUCCCGCUCAACCGCACCGUCUAUGCGGACUUUACCCACGACAGUCCGGAAAUGGCUAUCUUCGGCGCACUCGGCUUGUUCCCCACUCCCCACCUAAAGCCGACCCACCCGAAAUCUGACAGGCGCUGGAAGACGAGCGAUAUCAUGACUUUCAGCUCCCGCAUGGUUGUCGAAAAGCUCGAGUGCCGACAGACCGUGCGCGGCAGCACAGCCUCCUCAACUUCCUUCGUCCGGAUUUUCGAGAACGAGGUGCUCCAGCCGCUGCCGUUCUGCGGCGCGGCGGAGACUGGGGCUUUCAGAGGCUUGUGCAGCCUGAAUGCGUUCUUGAAAAGUCAGAUGUAUGCAAGGGAGAACGGAAAGAAGGAUUGGGAGAGGUGUUUCGAAGCAUGAGGGAAGCGUGAAAGUUAACAUCGCAAUGUAGGGCAUGUGUAUGAUCGAUUUUCUUUUCAUGCGAGUAUUUCUUGUCAGUAGUUCAGAAUCUCAGACAAGCGGAUAAAGUGAAUCUUAU